AUGCACAUAUUGGAUACAGUUAAUAUGAUUUGGUCAACAGGGUCAAUAGAAAAUUCACCAUCAUAUAGACAUGGAUACACUUCUAUUAUGUUAUCUAAUGGUGUGAUUGUAUAUAUUGGAGGAUGCAAUGAUUCUGAACGUAUGCCAAUGAAUCUGAGCACUAGAGGUCAAGAUAUUGGUUUUUGUGAACAUCAUUCUGCAGUCUUGGCAGUAUUAAAUACUGCACAUGCCUCUUGUGAAUGGUCAACACCAAAAAUUUCAAAUAAUGCUGAUACAUCCCCAUUGCUUUAUGGACACAGUGCAACCUCAACUGACAAAUAUAUGAUAGUUGCAUUUGGUUAUAUAAGUUCUAAAAUCAAAACUAAAAAAUACAAUAAACAUUUAUAUAUUUUUGACAUGGAAUCUUAUAGCUGGAUUGAUAAAUUUAUUGUGUUAGAAUCACUACCAAAACAACCUUCACAUUUUCCUGUUAAUCCUUAUUAUAACAAAUUCAUUAAUCUUUUUGUCAUUUGGUGA